GUGGUGAGAGGGGUUGCAUGGACCGGUCGAAGCAGGGUUGGUGAGCAUGCGCCCGGAGGUCCUUUCCUCUCCAGAUACUAUGAGCGGUGGUGUCUACGGCGGAGACGAGGUCGGUGCUAUCAUUUUCGACGCCGGACACCAGAGCCUUCGCGUGGGUUAUGGCGGUGAGGACACGCCGAAGGCCGAAAUUCCGACGAGCCUCGGCGUGUGGGAGGAGAAUGUCGAGGCACCGGACGGACAGCAGGACAUCAAGAAGCACUACAAUAUCGAUGUCACGGCCAUCCAAGUGCGAAAGAAGGAUAUGGAGAUAGUUAGCCUAAUGAAGGAUGGCAUGAUCGAGGACUGGGACAUGUUCGAACGGCUGACGGAGUACACGUACAAGCAACGUCUCCACGCUCUCGCGGAGCACCACCCGAUCCUGAUGACCGAGUGCCCAUGGAACACGAGGCUGAAACGAGAAAAGCUGCUGGAGCUGAUGUUCGAGAAAUUCAACGUCCCGGCGAUGUACAUCUGCAAGAACGCGGUACUGGCCGCUUACGCGAACGGUAGGUCGACGGCGAUGGUGGUGGACAGCGGGGCGACUCAUACGAGCGCGGUUCCGGUCCACGAUGGAUACGUGAUCACUCAGGGGAUCGUGAAAAGCCCGUUGGGCGGCGACUUUAUCACCAUGCAAUGCAGGCAGUUCUUCGAGGAAAAGGACAUCGAGCUGUCUCCCGCCUGCAUGGUCGCGAGCAAAGACGUGGUUCGUGAGAGAGACCCUCCACGAUGGACCAAACGACCCGGUGCUCAGCCAACAUCUUCCUGGUUGACCUACAUGGUCCGCGAACUGUUGCAAGACUUCCAGAUGAACUGUCUUCAAGUCUCCGAUAGUCCGUACGAUGAGGACGUGGCCAAUACUCUACCGAUGAAACAUUACGAGUUCCCAACUGGAUACAACGACGAUUUCGGCUCCGUUAGGCUAAUGAUACCGGAAGCUUUGUUCGAUCCUAGUAACGUGAAGGGUGUCGGAGCCAGUAUCCUCGGCGUUGGCCCGCUUGUAACAACGAGCGUAGGCAUGUGCGACAUGGACAUCAGACCCAGUCUCUAUGGGAGCGUCGUGGUUACCGGUGGCAAUUCCUGUUUACAAGGCUUUAGUGAAAGACUGAAUCGUGAUUUAGCCAGCAAAACUCCACCAAGUAUGAGACUGAAAAUUAUAAGCGCAAACAGCUCUAGCGAGCGUCGCUACGGCGCGUGGAUUGGCGGAUCGAUCCUCAGCUCGCUCGGAUCAUUCCAACAGAUGUGGCUAUCUCGACAGGAGUACGAAGAGUCGGGGAAACUGAUCCUGGAACGGUGCGCGUGAUGAUCAAAGAAUGAAAGAUUCCAAUCAAAAGAAAAGAAGUAAUCGUUAAUUAUUUUUACAAAGUGUCUGACAUGACAUUUCUAACAUGUCCAUUUUGUAUUUCGUCGAGGAGACAGUCAAUUUUGUCGUUAAGUAAGUUAGGUUCCGAAUGAUAUUCGAGAGCGAGAAAGGCCAACUCGAGACAAUAUGAGCGACUGAUAUCAAACGAUGUUGCACGAAAUGAGCAUGCAUAGAGUUUAGAAGAAAAGAGAUCAAACACGUUUAGUCAGUGUGGUUUUCACGGAAUUCGUCGGGAGAAAUAUUUGCUCCUUCGCGAAUCAGCGAUAAUCAGAGAAAAAAAUCUGCGGACGCGAGUUCUUCGCUUGAAUCGCACACUGGCGUAAUUUUUAGGCAAAUUCGUACGAUGCGUUUCUAAAAGGAGAGAAAAACACAGUUCCUAACUGCUCGAAGAAUUUUCCAUUCGCGUGCAUUGCUUAAAGUACUAAUAUCAUUAUUUGCAGAAGUUUUAAUUAAAAGACUUAUACAGUAGAUUAUACUUAUAGUUUGUAACAUUUAUUGUACUUAGUUAUUGUAUAAUGAAACAGGUUUAAGUGAAAUUGUACGGUUACAAUAUUUCUGAAUCCUGUAAGUUAUUUAAAAGUUCAAAUAAGUACUUUAUUAAAGGUA